AUGUCCAGCCUUCUCAACAAGCUUACCGAGCAGAUGGCCAAGCCAUCCUCCUCGCAACAGUCGUCGAUGCCAAACAUCGCCCAUAAGAUCACCGAUACUAUCACAGGCCAGAAGCAUCCUGGGGACCAAACUAGCUCUAGCAACCCUUUAACCAAACUCGGAGGCCUCUCGAACUUCGGCAACAAGAAGAGCGGCUACCAGGAGCACGGUGGAUAUUCUGGCCUCGGUGGAUAUCAGGCACACGGUGACAACCAGGAAAACGGUGGCAACCAGGGACAUGGCAGCAACCAGGGACAUGGUGGACACCAGGGAUACGGUGGCUACCAGGGAUAUGGCGGCAACCAGGGACACGGUGGCCACCAGGGAUACGGUGGCUACCAGGGACACGGCGGCAACCAGGGACAUGGUGGACAUUAG